ACGGCUUUUUUAUUUCCCGCCGGUGCGCGCCUUUUUCAUAAGCUUUUGCGAAAAUUCCCACCAGAAAUACUAUAACCAUUCAUUUAUCUACAAACUUCAUUCAGGUUCUGACGUGUUUUCGCUCCGAUUAUAUUAAUCACAAAAAGUUUAAGUUUUAUCAACAAAUAUUUUUUGAAAGGGUCAUCAUGUUCGAAGCUCGAUUAGUUGCCAGCACCACCCUCAAAAAGGUUCUGGAUGCCAUCAAGGAUCUUUUGAAUGAAGCAACAUUUGAUUGCAGUGACUCCGGGAUCCAGCUACAAGCUAUGGACAACUCACACGUUUCCUUGGUUUCCCUUUCACUCCGCUCAGAUGGCUUCGAUAAAUAUCGCUGCGACCGGAACCUUUCAAUGGGAAUGAACCUUGCAAAUAUGUCAAAAAUCAUGAAAUGUGCGAAUAACGACGAUACUGUUACCAUGAAAGCACAGGAUAAUGCAGAUACAGUGACUUUUAUGUUCGAAUCUCAAAAUCAAGAAAAAGUUUCCGACUACGAGAUGAAAUUAAUGAACCUUGAUCAAGAACACUUAGGCAUCCCAGAAACUGAUUACGCGUGCAUUGUUCGGAUGCCAGCUAUCGAAUUUGCCCGUAUCUGUCGAGAUUUGUCACAGUUUGGAGAGUCGGUUGUUAUCUCCUGCACUAAAGAAGGAGUCAAAUUCUCGGCAUCUGGUGAUGCCGGAUCGGCAAAUAUUAAACUUGCACAGACGUCAUCCGUCGAUAAGGAAGACGAGGCAGUCAUCAUUGAAAUGCAAGAACCAGUAACACUCACAUUUGCCUGUCGAUACCUGAACUCCUUCACCAAAGCCACGCCGCUAUCAAACCAGGUGCAGCUUUCCAUGUCGGCAGAUGUGCCACUGGUUGUUGAAUAUAAAAUUACGGAUCUUGGUCAUAUUCGAUACUACCUUGCUCCCAAAAUCGAGGAUGAUGAAAACUAGAUAUAAUUUGUAUUAAGUUCAAACGUAUUGCAUACACUGGAAAAUAAAACUGUUUAUGUCCGUGUGUUUAUCGAA